AUGAGGAGGACCGGACAAUCCGACAGAUAAGACGUAUCUGGACAAAAGGGAAUUGUUUGGCAUUGAAAUCGGUGCAGAAAAUUCUUUACUCUUGAACACGCCAUAAUUACUCCAUUAUAAUGGAGCGGCAACAACUAAACCAAUCCAAACUGAACUGAACUGAACUGAACUGAACUGAUUGAGAGGCCGCAGAAGGCUGCAGGCUGCAGAUAAUGAUUAUGGUUUCAAUUACCCGGCAACAAAGCGAGGGGCAAAUGGGAGUUGGGGUGUCUAACGAACGCCCCGCAACAAAAGAUGGUGUAAAAUAUGCGGAAAUGCAUUUCUAUGGACUUACUUACACACAAGUCAAACACCACAAGUCAUGCCAGCCGGCGAAACUUGCAUGUGAACAGAUCGCUCUGUCUCCUUCGGUCGCUCCGUUUCCGUCUCUUUCUAUAUCUGAUGUUCCGUCUUUUUCGCUCGGUUUGUGUUGGCCCGAAGAUGACGAUAUUAAUGUGGCUGCGGAUGGUAAUGAUGAUCAUGAUAAUCAUGUGAAAACCAAACCAAAGCCAAAGCCUCCGCCUCAUCCGAAGAGCCUCCCAUGGACCUGUUUGGGGCAUAAUAAGAACACCAAGCAAUGCAGCUGCCUGCAGCAGCAGAAGCAGCAACAGCAGCAGCAGCAACUGCAGCAACAGCAACAUCAACGCGAUGCAGCUUGGCAAUGCAACCAAAAUGGCAACAACAACUACCAGGAUUAGGAAUGUAUAUAGCCAGGAAUAUGCGUUAAGAUACAUCAACAUAAAUAUAUUAAAAUCUUUUUUAUAAAUAUUUAUUGCAAUAUAAUUAAUGUGUUUGAAUCUGAAAGGUAAUCAGAAAGGUUUCGAAUAAACUUUUAGAUAAGGAAACAUUAUUUUUGUAAACUAUUUUUUAAUCCCAUGCAUUUUAAAUUGUAUUAUGCAUAGGAGCUUCGAAGUUAUAUAUCCUUUGCAAUAUUUAAAUCUCAUGUCGCUGCAAUAUUGAUGUCUUGGCCAUCCGCAAGCAGGAUG